AUGGCGCCGGAAGUCAUCUCGGGCACCCACUACGGUGCACCCGCCGACAUGUACUCGUUCGGCAUCAUCUUGUCGGAAUUUGCGACGCACCAAGUGCCGUACGCCGACCUGCGCCACCCAGACUCUGGCAAGCCGCUGCCGCAGCACUACGUCUUGGAUCACGUCCGCGAAGGUACGCUGCACCCAACGUUGGACGGCGAAGGCGUGCCGGCGUGGGUCAAGGACAUUGGUUUGCAGUGUCUCUCCCUCAAUGAAGACGACCGGCCGACAGCAUUAGACGUUUCAGCUCUCUUGAGCCUUUAUGAGCCAUAAACGCUGAGCUUGCC